CAUGGACCGUUGGACUUAUGGCCCAGCCAGCUGACGGUUGAGGCCCAAGGAGAUGCCAAACAGCAUCCCCUUGGGAGAGUUGACAAUCACAAGGGGCCCCACGGCGAAGCAGCGAUUCGAGCGACUCGCAAGCAAGGCAUGGUUCACCCGCAAGAUCUCCCUCCUUUUGCCUGUUGAGGGCUUGUCGCAAGAAGAUAAGGUGCAGCUAGCCUCACGAAUACAACUGCAGCGACAUAGCUUUGAGUUGGAGGAUGUGUCUCUGGACGCCCUCGGGGAUCCGGUCUUUGUGACAGCGAUGGGCAGAUGGCGCAUAGCGGCGAUCAGCCAAGGUGAUCGAGGUCAGAGUGGCAAUGUCCUGGCGCUGCUGCCGCAGCGCCUCAUAGCAGCACUGCAGGAGCCCAGCUAUCGACGCCUGGGCUUGGAGGAAGCGAUGCCAGGUGCUGGCCAAUUGGAGCAGAAGUACCUUCCCCACGGCCAGCGCCACGUCUUUGUGGACCUCCCGGUGUCCAAAACCCGUGCGAAGCGAGCUGCUGCAGCUGGGGAAGUGGUCACCAGCCGAUGGCAAGCUUUGGUGGAACCAUUGCGGGAAAAAAUUUCCAUGGUGGCUUAUUGCGACAAGGAGCCGGACCCGCCCUAUGAUUUUCUACCUCUGCAAUCAUCGUGGGCCACAGUUCGGCAGCAGGAGGUUCCAGUUCACGCUCGAUACCUCAGCCUCAAAACUGGACCUGCCAGGCUGGGUCCUUCCAGCGCCAGACCACCCCUGGAGCAAUUGGUCCUAAACCCAGCGCUGUGGAGUCGACCGGAUGCGCGGCGGCCGAAGGCAGAUUUCCCAGAAGCUUAUGGGGCUGCUUGUGAAGAUUUGCUGGAUUGGCUGGGAGCUCUUCAGCUCGAUUUGGAACAACACCUUGAUGGAGAGCUGUGGCAGGUCAGUGAGCCCAAUCCACUGGAGCCAGAAAAGAGUGAAGAGGUUUUGCUGUGGACGAUGGGGGAGAGCCUGAUGGGUCCCAGUCAGAUCCUCCACGCCCUGAAGAUUUGCCAAGAUGCGCUGCGGUCCCAGGCCUGGUUCAUCUUGUCGAUUUGGGGUGCAGAGGACGCUCCGAUGUCCCAUCAUGGCGGUGCUCAUAGCUUUGACAUCACUGGGGCGCAUCAUGCGCAUCUCAUCAGCAUGAAAGGCCAUGAAGCCCAAAGUCUGCUGAUUGAAGAGGCGAAUUGCCUUCAUUCCACUGCGUGAAGACUUCAUCCGCAACUGCUUUCAAUGGUGGAUAUGGAAAUGUUGCCACUGGUGGCCAUGGACCUUGGAUGAAAAAUCAUGAAAAAUCAGGAGGACACUGACUCAGGGUACAGCCACAGGUAUUCAGCUGCCGACCUGGAUGGGGACGAUGCAUAAACAUCCUGAUGGUUUCUAGAUGCGAGGCGGCCGUGGAACAGCUGUCCAUGCUGUCCUGACCCCCUCUCCCAGUGACCCAAGUUCGGCGGUGCCAAUGUGCAGAAAAUGGGCAAGAAAUGGCAAGAAGCUUUGCACAAUCACAACUUCGCUGCUGUUGCGUAAAA